AUGGAUUUACAAGAGGUAGAAGUGGAGGAAAAACUACAACUAGAAGAGUUGGAACGUCUGAGAUUGGAAGCCUAUAAUAAUGCCCGCAUCUACAAGGAGAAAUAUAAAGCGGUGCAUGAUCGGAAUAUCAAGCGAAAAAAAUUCAGAGUUGGUGAUUUAGUGUUGAUGUAUAAUUCAAGGUUGAGACUAUUACCAGGGAAGCUUAGGUCAAGAUGGGAUGGUCCCUACAUUGUAGAGAAGGCUGAGUCUUAUGGCGUAGUUCAUCUGCGUCAUCCUACAAGUGUAACCAUAUUUAAGGUGAAUGGCCAUAGGCUCAAACUAUAUCAUCAUACCAAUCCUAAGAGAAACAUAGAAGUGGAGGUGUUCCUUUUGGAGGAUCCACCUGGUGUUUGA